AUGAUUGAUCGCAAAUUGAUCGUCAUCUCUACUACUUACAAGUCCGUUCACCAAAGAAGACAUACGGAAUCACGGACGGUGUCGUUGUCGACCCACAAAGAACUCAACGCUAACGACUUCUUCAGCAACACCGACUUGCUCUUGAAAAUAUUUGAUUAUCUUUUGUGGGAUGACGAUGACGAGCUAAGUAAACUCGGACAACGCAAUAGCGUGCAAGCAUGCCCUAGCGCAGGCAGCAGUGACAUGCAAAACUUUAGAUCGCCUCUGGUCCUUCGAGGACCAACCGACUGGUCCCGCUUCGACUUCUACGCCAACCGCGUCAAAAACUUCAGCUACAUCCGUGACCCAGACCACCUCGACAUCGCACUGCACGUCUACUUCCGCAUCGCCCAACUCCUCCCCUCACCCAUCCUCCUCCCCUCCCUCCAAUACAUCCGCUGUCCAUCCAUCAGCUCAAAUGAUUUUCUCAUCUCUGGCAUAUGUCUCUCUCUCUCCCCGUCUUUGGUAGCAGUCGAGAUUAGGGAGAUUACAAGUGUGGAAGAUAAAUUGUGUGGGACUUUUUUGUAUACGCUUUUGAAUGAUGGUGCGGAGUUGGUGAAGAUUAUACUGAGGGGAGAGGGCCUGGGGAAGGAAUCGAUGGCGCUAAUACCUCGUUUUGAGAAGCUGAGGGUGUUGGAACUUGGAGGAAUGGGCGACUCUCUGAGUUUGCCGUGGUUGGAACGCGUUGGGGCACUGUCGGCGCUUACAGACCUCGACUUGGAUUUCAUAGACUCACCAAUACUCCCCUUGGCGAAAACCGUAGGCUUCAAACACCUAAGGAGUCUAUCCAUCUCCGCAUCGCUCCCAUUCAUCCUGUCGUUCGUUGUCAACAUAUCAACGGACCAACUAGACACCUUUGUCUGCCUCUCACCCCCUGAACCAGGGUUCGACAUGAAACUUUUGUUUGAGGACGUCGUUUCGCGCUGGCCUAGCUCCUUACGAUGUUUCGGGCUCAGAUUAACACCGGAGGACACGGAGGCGGAAGAGAAGUUACCUCUCGACACAUUAAAGCCUUUAUUCCCUUUACACAAUCUCCGCAUGCUCAGUCUACGUGGAUACCUUAUGGAUAUCAGCGAUGACCUGAUGGAAGAGUGGGCGAAGACCUGGCAAACUUGA